AUGCAGUCUGAGGUUUCGCGACUACUAGGCAUUGAACCCGAGCAGCUCGCAGCGGCCGCUGAACGUGCUCGGGACAAAAGUCACUAUAAAACCACAAGUGAAAAGAUUGACUUGGCAAGUUUCAGUGAAUGGUCGGCGUCAGUAGAGGACUUUGCGAAGCUGGUGGACUCGACACUCAAAGACUUGGAACUGGUUGAACAGCAAAGCGAAAAGUUUAAGUCAGAUAUCAGCCAACUCUCCUCGGAGAUGAGCCAGCUGCAAGCACUGUCGUCGAAUUUGCACCACCGUCUAGAGGUUCGUAAAGAGGUCGAGUUGGAGCUGAGCCCUAUUUGUGCCGAAAGAGUCGUGCCACCAGCAGUGGUAUCCGAAAUCUCUACUGGCGAAAUAGGACCUCAAUGGAGAGCGGCACUAGCUUUACUUUUGAAAAGGCCAAUGCUGUCGACUUCAAGUGCGGAUACCAGUGAAUCUCAACGAUUCAUUGACACGUUACUCACUAAAGCUACAGCAAGAAUCAAAGUAUGGUACGUCUAUUGUGUGAGGCGUAUUCGUCAACCGGGUACCAACGCCGAAACAGUCCAGGGCGAAAUUAUUAACAAUAAACCCUUGUACGAAUUUCUGUUGCAGCGAGAGCCACGCUUGGCUAGACGUUUGCAUCUCGCGUACUGCAACACAGUGCGUUGGUACUAUACGAUGCUUUUUGGCAAGUAUAAUAGGAAUAUUGAUAGAAUGCCGGUCAUUCUAGUUGAUAGUUCGAAAACACUCGGGGCUCUUGGCGCAUCAGCUCACAAGUCUAUAUUUGUUUCAAAAUCAACCGCACGAGGCACGGACGUGUUCAAUAUCGGAUCAAGGCCUACUAUUCUCACAAGCAAUGAUACGGCAAUAUGCUUAGGGCAGACGAGUCCUCCGCAAGGCUAUCACAUUGAAAUUAUUUUGCGAAGUCUGCUAUUGGUACUAUACAAUAGCAUGAAGGUCGAGCAAGAAACACAGCGGGAAGGGUUUGCCAACGUUGCAGCCUCGGCCAACAUUGCUGAUCUUUCCAUUCGAGAAAAUGCUGCAGAUGAAUCGGUUGCUGUAGAAGAGCUUGCAUUAGAUUCCGAGGUCAACUCAGAUAUGAGUGAGCUGCCGGUGGACUCUGCUUUAUUCACAAAGCCACUAGCGGGCAUCCAGGCCACCUUCACCCGCCUCUCCCACGAGAACUUUGAUAUCUAUGGCCUUAUAUUGAGUCUGCGUUUAAUUCAGCAAAUGCCUAAAGAUGUGGCGGAUUUCAACGUGUUUGCCAAGGUGCUUGAAAGCUUGCUUUGGACAGAGAUCACCUUUGUGCUUGAUGCGAAUUUGAAGAGCAUCGAACAAGCAGCAUCGAAAUCUUCGAGUCACCGUGCCGCCUCUGAUGUCACUCCUCAUCCAAUGACGCAGCUCUUUGCUCAGUUUUUAACUGGAAUUUUACAGAUUUCAACGGAGAACGAAGCACUUGAUGAGCCAUUGGCACCCAAACUACGUCAAAUGACUAGUGGAUUUGAAAUGUUCGUCACAAAACUCAGUAAAGCAAGUUCUGAUGCUGAGCUGUUCUUGUACAAUAACUAUUUCCUCAUUUCCGCCUUGCUAAGCGACGUGCCUGGAAAGCUUGCCGGCGAGCUUGCCCAGCAUCUCCGUUUACUGACCGAGGCAUAUGCUCCAAAAUGA